GCAGGUGCGCAGCCGCCGGCGAUGUACGUGUUCGGGGACUCGACGCUGGACGUCGGCAAUAACAACUACCUGCCGGGGAUGAACGUCCCCAGGGCCAACACGCCCUACUACGGCGUCGACUUCCCGGGCCUUUCCACCGGAAGGUUCAGCAACGGCCUCAACACAGCUGACUUCAUCGCAAAGAUGAUAGGAUUCGUCAGCAGCCCUCCGGCUUAUCUGGUGCUGGCACCAAGAUUGACAUUGCUAGUCUCCGCCGCUCGCACCACUGGUGUGAGCUACGCUUCCGGAGGAGCUGGCAUCCUCGACUCCACUAACGCGGGCAACAACAUCCCGCUGUCGAAGCAGGUGCACUACUUCAACGCCACCAGGUCGAAGAUGGCCGCCGUGGCGGGCUCCGGCGCGGUGAGCGCCGAGCUCUCCAAGUCCUUCUUCCUCGUCGGCAUCGGCGGCAACGACCUGUCCGUGUUCGCCAACGCGGAGCAGGCGCGGAACAGGUCAGCCGCCCAGCAGCAGAGCGACACCGCCGCCUUCUACGGCAGCCUCAUCUCCAACUACUCGGCCACCAUCACGAAUCUGUACGCGCUGGGCGCGCGCAAGUUCGCGGUCAUCAACGUCGGUCUAGCCGGGUGCCUGCCGGUCGCCCGGGUGCUCGACGCGGCGGGCGCGUGCUCCGAAGACCGGAACGGGCUCGCCGCCGGCUUCAACGACGCCCUCCGGUCCCUGCUCGCCGACCUCGCCGCCACGCUGCCGGGCCUCGUCUACUCUCUGGCCGACUCCCUCGGCCUCAUGGUGGCCACCUUCGCCGACCCGCAGGCGUCAGGGUUCACGGACAUCUCCGACGCGUGCUGCGGCAGCGGGCGGCUAGGCGCGGAGGCGGAAUGCUCGCCCGACGCCGCGCUCUGCGCCAACCGCGACCAGUACUACUUCUGGGACAGGGUGCACCCUACCCAGCGGGCCGCCAUACUCAGAGCUCAGGCCUUCUUCUAUGACGGCGAGGCGAAGUACACCACCCCCAUCAACUUCAAGCAGCUGGUCCACGUCACGGCCGCAUGA